AUGAAGAAGAACUCCAGAGAAAAGUUAGAAUUUAUUGAGAUGCAAAUUUUUAAAACUAAUCAAUUGUUGGAUUUUGGAUUGGAUGAAAAUGCGCUAAAAAAAAACAAAGAAAUAGCAAUUGAAAUUGAGAAUUUAUCAGAUAAAUUACAUGAUACUGAGGAACUAUCACAAAGUAAUUUAAUCACUGAAGAACUUUUUGAGAAAAUUUCUCCGAGUCUUCCUGCACGAACUUUUGGGAAAAAAAUUACACAAAUAUACAAUAGUGACGAACAUGGAUACAGUCUUCAAACACUCUAUAGACGUUGUAGAGCAUGGACGUCAAACUCUGAACUUUGGGACGAAAUCACUCCUUUUAUUUUAAUCAUUUCGGACUCAAAUGAUUGCGUCUUCGGUGCUUUCAACACCUCACUUCCUCGCAUAAAGGAAAAACUUUUUAUCGGCACGGGAGAGAGUUUUUUAUUUAAAGUAAAACCUGAAGUAUCGAUUUUCCCUUGGUCUCACGAAAAUAGUUAUUUUAUGAAUUGUGGUUUAGACUAUUUAUCUAUAGGCGGAACAAAUACGGGUCAACUAAGACCCGGAAGAGGGUCAUUUGGAAUGGGACUCUGGAUCGAUAAUGAUUUAAAACGCGGCAGAAGUAUGAAAUGUGAAACUUACAACAGUGAUAUAUUAUCAUCAGAAGAAGACUUUAUAAUAACUAGUGUGGAACUGUGGAGUUUUGUUUCAUAG